CCGUGGAGUCGUAUUGUACGUGGUUUUCGAAAAGGUGCGCAAAUGAAAACACACACAUAAACGACUGCACACAACGAGAAAGUGCCAUUAAACGAAAAAUUACAAUUAUUUUUUUAACGAACAAAUUAAGCGAAUAUAUUCAUUAGAGUAAAAAAAAAACAAAGAGCAUAUACAUUGACACUUACAAAAUGCGUUUCAAAAUCGUGCUAGCUUUCACGCUAGUCUAUACUUUUGUGGCUUUAGUCAUAGCGAACGAGAAUUACUCAUCGGAACUCGACAAUGAUGUACUAGUGAUUGACCCAAAUCUGAAAGCUUCUAAGGAUGCUGAAUUUGUAGAAGUAGUGCCGGAAAUUGUGCAAGAACAAGCGAAACCUACGCCCAAACCGGUUACUACGACUGUGUCGCCAACAACAAAGGCAACAACGCAAAAACCGAAAUCAGCGAUGGCGAUCGCUCCACGCGCGGGGAACUUUGUGACCCCAAGAAAUAUGACACGCACGUUUUUGCAAACUGCCGGCGCAUUAAAAGUUAGCGAAGACUUCUACCUCGGCGAGUUGGGUCUCGAUGUGUAUAGUGACGAUGGCUACGAUUGGUCUAAUAAUAAUAAUCGCGUUGCACCGCCAAAUGUGCCUUCACAUGCAGCUAACGGCUAUGUCAUCACUUCCCAGGUUUUACAAGAGAUCCGUUCAAAUUUGAUGUAUUGGUAUUUCGAUCAAGAUAUGUAUGGCGGACGUGGAGACUAUCAAUACGACAUACACGCUUCCAUGACACAGUUGCAUAAGAACUUAAAUUUCCGCUUGCCAUUCUUUGGAUUCAUUUACAAUUAUACACGGCUCUCACUCAACGGGUACUUGGAGUUCUCAGAUCCACCAGAAUAUCUUACAUAUCCGCUCGUCUUCCCCGUCAGGGAUUUUCCGAAGCGACGCGAUCCCGCAUUUAUUGGUAUAUGGUUCUCAAAAUGUCGUGUUGGGCGCAUAUAUCCAACGGAUGUUGAUCAACGCACACCUGGUGUCUAUUUUAGGCUUGAACGUGAUCUGACUACACGUACCGACCGUUUUGGUGUCGAGGUGCGUGAGCGUACCAUGUGGGAUAUACGCGAGGGGGUCGUUGGCGCUGAGACGUUCAUACCGAAGCAUGUUAUUAUCGCAACAUGGAAAAAUGUUUCAUUUGCUGGUGGUAUUGACAAUGCGCUUUUCAGGACAAAUACUUUCCAAAUGGUUUUGGCUACCGAUGAGGUGUACACAUAUGCCAUAUACAAUUAUGAUUUACUGACAUGGUCGUCAAAUACAGAGGCUGGUGGCGAUACAACGACUGGUGAGGGUGGCGUACCAGCUUUUGUGGGCUUCAAUGCGGGAAAUGGUACACGCUCAUAUGAAUACACGCCUUACAGUCAACAGAUGGUGAUACGCGAUUUGACGGGACGUGGAUGGGGUAACGGCUUCCCUGGACGCCAUCUAUUCCGCAUAGAUGAACAAAUUUUAAUUGGCUCUUGUAAUAAGGAUAUCGAUGCCUCGCAUUUGCCUUUGACAUUUGCCCCAGAGGCUGGUAAUAUGUUGGGUGGCACUGUGGUCAAUAUUACCGGCCCUUGCUUCGAUCCGAAGAUACGUGUGACUUGUCACUUCGAUACCGAGGAUGUGUUGGGCACUUAUGUGAGUAAGAAUCGUGUGAUUUGCGUGCAGCCAUUCUUGAAGGCUGAAGGUUGGGUGCGCUUUGAAAUUUCUAUUGGUAGUCAGCGUUUCAAAUGGCGUGGCAGAUAUUUUGUCGAAACUCCGGCUUUGGCUACGGAGAAAAUUUUCUUCGAAACCGAGGAUGUGCACAAGAGAGAUCCUGAUCAGAUACAAAUCAGCUGGGAUCCUUACAAUUUAACUUCAAAUGGAAAUGCUAAUAUAAUGAUUUCUCUGUGGGGAUAUCGCGAAAUUACUAUUUACCCACAAUUCGAAUAUAUUGAUUCAAUCGAGACUUCCUUGACUAACACCGGCUCUUAUGUGAUUUAUCCUAAAAAUUAUAUAAAUCGUAAUAACUACAACAACGACCUCCAAUUCGGUUUCCUGCAAAUCAAUCUAACCAACCCGGAGCAGUAUUCGGGUUUGAAGAUCAGUCCUACACUUUGGUCACGUCCCAUUCCACUUGGUUGGUAUUUUAAUAAACAAUGGGAACGUAAACACGGCUUGCGUUGGCCCGAGGCGCUUUGUGAAAAUUGGAUACGAAGCGACCGCUAUUUGAGAACAUUCACUGGCAGCUUGCCGGUCUGUCCUUGUACGCUUGAGCAGGCUGUUUACGACAAAGGACGUUACCGGCCGGAUAAGGAGUGCGACAAGGACUCGAAUCCAACAUGCUUGCGGCACAAGAAUGCUAUACAUUGCGUCGUCAGCGGUAAUCCAGUUGCGGAAGGCGCCGAACAACAAUGCUGUUACGAUCGUUAUGGAUUCCUCAUGUUGACACAGGAUCAAGUAUGGGGCUCACGUCCUCGUCGUAAUCACAAUCUUGGGAAGAUGCCUUGGAAUGAGGCUGGCAAAGUACCAACACUUUCUAAUUGGUUCCACGAUAUGCGUGCCUGGUAUUCGUGCUGUCAUUGGCAAAGAGAACAGUCAGUGAAUUGCGAGACCUUCCGUUUCGAACGCCGUCCCUCACAAGAUUGCGUAGGCUAUCAGGCGCCUGGUGUGGCUGGAGUCUUUGGCGAUCCACAUUUCAUCACCUUCGAUGGCACGGCGUAUACCUUUAAUGGUUUGGGCGAAUUUGUGUUAUCACGUAGUGUCGACGCUGGUCAGCGCUUUGAGGUGCAAGGCCGUUUCGAGCAAGUGCCCAAAAAUCAGUAUGGUGCUGUGAUGGCUACACAGCUAACUGCUUUGGCGAUGCGUGGUAAUACGACGACUACCAUUGAGGUGCGCGUACGUCCGAAAUUCGCGCGCUGGCGUUAUGCCUUGGAUGUGCUGGCCGAUGGUCGACGCAUUUACUUCGAUCGUGAGAGCAUGAGAUUCCAGCAUUUUGAUGGUGUCACGGUUUAUACACCCACAUAUUUGCUCAAUCAAUCGCAAGUGGUGGUGAUGUUCGACUCGGGAGUGGGCGUGGAAGUAGUUGAGAAUAAAGGCUAUAUGACAGGACGAGUCUAUUUGCCGUGGAAUUUCAUAAAUAAAACUGCUGGCCUAUUUGGUAACUGGUCUUUCAAUGCGUUAGAUGAUUUCGUCUUACCAGACGGCACAGUUGCAAGCUUGAAUUUGAACAAUUUUCAACAGAUUUACUACAAUUUUGGCUUGAAAUGGAUGUUGGCAGAUCGUAACAUACCGAAUGUGGGCACGGCGCUUUUCUCACGCGAAAAUGGUCUAACAGCUAGCUAUUAUAAUAAUGCUUCAUUCGUGCCGAACUUUGUGCAGGAGCCGCAGGACUUCUUGCCCUCGAAUCGUUCGUAUGAUGUGGAGCGGGCGGAGGAGCUAUGUGGGGAAAGUUAUCAGUGUCGCUAUGAUUAUGGUAUGACGUUGAAUGCGGAUAUGGCGUAUUUUACCAAGCUCUACUACGACACUUUAGUGAAUAUAAGGAAUUUGAAUUCGAAACGCAUAGUAUCAUGUGGCGUCUUGGAGACUCCUCGCUUUGGCCGGAAAUUGAGUUUCGAUUUCAUGCCAGGCGCCAAGAUUGCAUUCGAGUGCGAUGAGGGCUUUGUAAUUAUGGGAGAUCAGCGUCGAGAGUGCAUGGCCAAUGGUCUCUGGAAUGUCCCUGAGUAUGGCUACACAUAUUGUUUGCGUGAAGUCUUCUAUACGCGACGCAUCGCCUUCAUAGCCAUCGCCAUUAUUGUGUGUGUCAUAUUGCCACUGAUGGUUUGCAUAGUUUGUGGCAUUUAUCGCUUCCGUCAGAAACAGCUCAAAGAGGAUCCCUCUUGGCAGAUGACAAUACCACGUUCACGCGCCUCUUCACGUUCCAAUUUGCGUCAACUGAGUGGACCGGACGACGAUAGCGAUACGGAUGCAACAGGCACUCUCAAGAAAAGUAGGUCAUAUGAUAAAGUAUAUCGUACGAAUGAACCACUACCGGGCAAACCCCGUAUUGACUUUCCAGCUAAGAAAUGGGAUCUGGAUGACGAGGAUGUGACCUCAUCCGAAGGUAGUGAAAAUAAAGAUUCAAAAAUAGCUAGCGAUAUUGAAUACGUUAAUAAAACAGGUGACAAGCCACGUCAGAUGGGCAGACGUUCGUUACGCGGCAAUUCAGGCACUGAUCAUGAUGAACACGAAGAGGAUGGCACCGCCAUAGAUGAGCCAACGCAUGAACAAGAGCAAAAACAGGCGCUGGAUACGCUAGAUGCCUCUCACUCGGCUGCCUACAAUCAGCCACCAUCACCUGAGACGGAUGACGAGCGAAGUUUACCACAUAACAAUUCCACUCUGCAUCAGCAGUACAGUCCGACAUUUAGUGGCAUAGAUAGCCGCAAUAGCUCCAUGAAUUAUCAACCGAAUGCAGCGGUACAGAAUCGUUUUGGCGGUGUACCGGUGCUGCCCAACAAUACGCAAUUUUUCAAUCGUCCACCGUCGAAUAUACCGGCUGGGGCUACGGCAAUACCAAUACGCCAAGCACCGACUGCGGCGCCGCAAACGACUGCAGCGGCUCCAUUGACGCAGGAUAACGGCUUACCAUCGCCUCCAUAUGCUGCUUCGCCUACGCCCUCUGUGCAACGCUCCACAGAGGUUUAAAUCGUUGAAUGCACAUUUGUUACAUAUAUACAUAUACUCCUAUAUAUGUAUGUAUAAGCUCAUACAAAUAGAACAAAGCUCGUCAAAAUAUUUUCAGCACUUCUGUACAAAUCGAAAGCAAAUCCUGUUCAUUACCGUCAUAGAAAAAAUCGCCUACUAACCCAACAUCCUAUCCUAUCGUCGUCCACGCACAAAUAACCUAUUCCGAGCAUGUAAUCUUAUUAUACGUUCAUAUUUUUAGCUACUUACGUGUACAUCAAAUACAGUUUGUCUAACAAAUUACCAAGUUCAAAUCACAUUCAUUUAUUUAAUUAGUAAUUGUUUAGCACUCAUUUCAAAAGAAAAACCAAGCCGCAUAUGCAUUAAUUUCAUGGCCGGCGGCGUAGUUCUGGCUGUCAGCGGGUUCUAAAGCGAGUACCUGUACAAUUUUGUGCCAAAAAUAGUCCCCGAUAUGAUGAUUUUUAGGGGAUCGCAUAUAAUAAAUAAUCGGCAGUGAUUUAUUUAGUAUUGUCGGAACAGACGCCCUGUGGUCGGCAUAAAUUGAUAUUGCAGCCUGUUACAGAAAAAAACAAACCAACCGAGAAGAAAUUACAGGAGAUUCACUUUUAAUCUAUAAAGGAUUUACACAAGUGCUAAAACAAUGAAUUAAAUCCACUUCUGAGUUAAAAUCAUACAUUCAUUCAUAACAUACAUACUUAC